AUGAGCCAAACCAAGCUUCACACAGACCACAGCUCCAAGCUCAGUGAGCUUGCUCAUCUGGUUACCUCCAAAAGCAGUUUCGUCAAAAAAAAAAUAUUUGGAAGACUACAAAAUACCACUAAUCAAAGAAAAUACAUACUCUCAGCCAUACCUAGAGGAAGAACCGCCGGAGAAUGCAACGAGAAGUUUAUCGGACGGCGAAAUCAUUGCAUUCGAAGUGACGGCGAACCUGAACUUCCCGAACAAAUUACUCCGGAAGCAAUCGGCGCAGUAUCUUCCUCCGUCUCCUCCACCGCCGCCUCCAGCAACCGCGGGGUGCGUAGAGACCAUGGCCUCGGUAACCUUGCAUUUAACGCAGAUGCUGCGAACACUCAAAUCGCCGCCGCGAGGGGAAGCAAGAUUGGGCUCGACCCCAUUGUCCGCCGCCUUAUGUUUCUUCUGAUCGUCUUCUCCGCCGGAAUAUUCGUUCCGGUAGCAACCCGAUUGGCAGGUCCCUGA